UAACCACCCUGCUAUCCAAAAUGAGUCAGUCCCUACUACGUCCCCACCCAUCCCCAGGGAUCCUGGGUCACAGUGGGAGGUAGAUAAGUGGGGUGACAGUCUCAUCUGGUCCAAGAGCUCUGCCACUCCAGGCUGGCCACCUCCUGCCAGCCACCCCUAGCCACGUCUCAUGGCUCGCUCCUGGAUUACCAUGCUGCCUGCCUCCACCUCAGGAGCCCCUCCUGUGAACUCUCAACUGGGGUUUGUUCAGGUCAGAUGGGGGUGAGGCCAGUCAGGACCCCAGCUUUAGCUCAAUCUCCGGGGCAGAGCAGGGAACUUGGGGAUGUUUAUGCCUACAAGAUGGACCCCUAUAAACAAUGGGGGCCUUUCUCUGCUGGGGCUGGUGAGUCAUUAUCUGGUGGGGGGGCAAAGCCUGACUCUCAUGGCACCCCUAUAUCAGCCUUUGUCUGGCUAUAGGCUCAGUGGGGGUGCUGGGGCUUGCCUAGCUUUAUGCCUAAGUGUCUCAGAGCCCGUGGGAGCCGGAGGGCCUGUCUGAAGAAGGCAGGAAGUGUGCUCAGGGCUAGGGCUGGGAGGAAGAAUUCCAGCAAUGCACCCCUCCCGCUGUUCGCUGGGACACCCUACCCCCACUUGCUUGCUUUAGCUGCCUCCCCUGUAUUCCACGGACUUGGGGGGUGUCUUGCAGUCCUUGUACUUGAGGGUCUUAUGCUAGGCCUGUCAGCACUGGGACUCUGCCUGUGGCCAGAGACGGUUUAGGCAAGUUAAUAAGGGGAAUCCUUUAGCCUGUGCUGAGAAGUGGCUGUUUUGGAUUGGGACUGGGGAUUGGCCAGAACAACCACCUCUCAGGAAUGGCCCCUAGUUUCAUGGCCACAAUAGCGUGCCAAGUCCUGCUUCCCGUUUUGGAGCCCCAAGAAGCCCUGCCCUGUAGGCUACAGCAGAGGCCGUGGGAAGAGGUCACAGGGCCAGUGCCAUGGAUCUAAGUUUGCAUGUGUGGGUGGCUGUGUGUGUCUGUGUUGCUUGUUUAUGAGCGUAAGCCUGGAUGUCUUGUCCCUAUGGCCACAUGAUGUGACCCUGUCUGCUGGGACAUGACUUUGUGCCAGGAGUGGUCACACAUUCCCUCGUACUGUUUUGGACUGGUUUCUGUCUCUACUUCUCCAGUCUCUCCUCUGUGACCUAGCCUCUGGCUGUCCCAGGCUGAUGAUUAGGGGCUCUUAGGGCCUUGUCCCCAAACCUGUACCAUCAGCUCUGUCUUUGAGAGUUCUAUGCAGUGGGGGUUUGAGGAUCUCUGAGGCCUUACAACCCUGAGUUCAGGCAGUAUUGCCUAGCUGAGCCCCUAGGGGACAGUUAAUCUGUAAUUUUUGGUGUAAAGGUGCAGUUGGUGGCCAUGCACCUAAUCUCAGCAGGACAAUCCAGAGGAAUCUAGCUGGGCCUUGGGAUCAAGGAAGGGGUCCUGAGUGCUGGCAGGACAAAGGGCUAUCCCAGAACCCUAAAACUAGGAGUGGUCCAGCAUAGAAGAGUGUACUUAUUCCUGCAUUUGGCUGCUGCCUGUGGACAUGGCUCAACCCACACUUAGGCUUUGGAGCUAAGCGUGUGGUCUAUGCCUAUAAUUCCAGCACUCAGAAGCUGAAGCAAAAGAUCACUUUGAGUUGGGAGUUUGAGGCUAGCCUGGGUUCUCCAAAACACCGAAAGAGGGGUGGUGGUAGUGGACAGCAGGAGUGUAGAGGUAUUCAGGCUUGGGGGAAAGGAGUUACCUGAGUCUUAGAGAUCUGCCCUGAGACCGGAAGCAGCCUUUCCUCUCCAGAGUCCCUCAGCAUCAGCCAUGAGGGGGCAGAGUAGUAGUGGAAGGGAGGCAAUGCCCCCUGCUACUACAUUGUCACCUGCACUCACACCCAGAAACCUGAGCUGCCACCUGCCUGCCCACCCCAGCCGCUGGCCCUGUGUAACUAGGCACCGGCAGCUGCUGACCAUUCAGAGGCAGCAUCUCUGGCGUGGCCCCUGGCUGGGGUGGGAGGUCAGCAGGCUGGCCCCUUCCUGCGUAGCCUCCUGGCCCAGAGACCUACUGCAGGAUGCCAGAGGAUGUCAAUGGGCCCCCAAGAGAGCUGCGUCCCCGGCUCUGCCACUUACGAAGGGGACCCCAGGGCUACGGAUUCAACCUGCACAGUGACAAGUCUCGGCCUGGCCAAUACAUCCGCUCUGUGGACCCUGGCUCUCCUGCUUCUCUCUCUGGCCUCCGGGCCCAAGACCGGCUCAUUGAGGUGAAUGGGCAGAAUGUGGAGGGGCUGCGCCAUGCCGAAGUUGUUGCCAGAAUCAAGGCACAGGAGGAUGAGGCCCGGUUGCUGGUUGUAGACCCCGAGACUGAUGAACACUUCAAACGGUUGCGGGUCGUACCCACCGAGGAUCACGUGGAAGGUCCACUGCCAUCACCAGUCACGAACGGGACCAGCCUUGCCCAGCUCAAUGGUGGCUCCGUGUGCUCUUCCCGAAGCGACCUGCCAGGCUCAGAGAAGGACAAUGAGGAUGGCAGUGCUUGGAAGAGAGACCCCUUCCAGGAAAGUGGUCUCCACCUGAGCCCCACAGCAGCCGAGGCCAAGGAGAAGGCUCGAGCUACUCGGGUCAAUAAGAGAGCACCACAGAUGGACUGGAACCGGAAGCGAGAGAUCUUCAGCAACUUCUGAGCCCCUCUCUGCCUGUCCAGGGGUCCCACGGUCUCUUCCUGCACGGACCUUGGGCCUCUCCAGAGCUCCCCAAGCCUCAGCAGACUGGAAGGUGGUAUUACACCACCCAGAAACCAACCCACGACCCCAUGAACCCUUGUCUUGUCCACUGGGUGCUGCGGCUGUCAUAGCAAGAUCAGAGAAGAGAGAAACCGAGAGAGAGAAAGAGAGAAAGAGGGAGAGAGAGAGAGAGAGAGAGAGAGAGAGAGAGAGAGAGAGAGAAAGAAAGAUAGGCACAGCCAGCCAAGACAGACACAGAGACAGAAAAGAGUGAGAGAGGGAGUAUGCGUGGUGGUCUGCCAAGGGCCUUAGCCGUUCUGCCUUGGGCCUGCUGACUGAAAGGAAUUCAUGUUUUCGCUUUUUUUUUUUUCCUAAAAGUUCUCCAGCUCCACAUAUGUUUGUAGUUAAUAGUGGAGCCCCCUCCCCCAACCCCUUGGGACUCACUCCUAAUACUUGCAAUAAAACAGAACCUUUCUCUGCAAACCCCUUCUUACCCGCCCUGUCAGCAGCGCCACCCUGAGAAGAGACCAGGGAACAGACAGUCAGGGGACCUCAGGCCCAGCUGUGCCUGGAGGAGCUGUCCCUCUGUCCCAUCCCUCAUAUGGGAUGGUCCCUGGACCAGGCCUCUCUUCUCUGCCUAGCUACCCCUGUGCUGCCUCCCACAUGCUGGGUUCUGGAAUGCAGAGCCUAGGCUCUCUGAGGGGCCAGAGGAUGGGUGUUCCAUGACUCUUAAGAGGGCAGCCUCCGGACAAGCCGCUUAUCCUGCUGUGCAACUCCAGGACCUGGAAUGUGGGCCUGGGCAAGCCAUUCCCGGGUAUGAUCCUAGGCACCUGGGCCUGGCCCCUGCCUUAUGCCUACCAGGUUCCUACCCUUGGCCUCUCUUCAGUGCUCUCAACUCCCCAGACUCACUCACUGGCACCGCAGUCUGCCUCAUAAGCCAUAGCGCACGCGCGCCCUCGAAUUAAACAGGCCUUGCCUCGAA